AUGGCCCGCAAAAAGCCAAUCGACUUCCCCGAAAUCGGAAAUCUUUCAAACCUUGAGUACUUCAAGCUCAUUGAAUCUGGUAAAAAACCCACUAGAAAUGCCACAAGAAUUGCCAGCAUGCAGACAGCAGCCCAAGUCCUUCCAGUUCCAAAAAAUCCAAUAAUAAAGCCCAAAAAAAGACCCAACAAACUAAAAAAAUCAGAGCCAUCGCCCACAAAAAAGCAGAAGCAAGAAGACAUCGUUUUGCCCACCCCGCCAGACGAUGAGUUAAAAAUCAGAUUUUUAGAAGGUUGUGUUUAUGGAGCCCAAGCUAUGCAUAGGAAGCUGUGGAUACAAGCAGGAGAUGAGUGAAUAAGUGGUACAAUUGAGGAAUUUGAAGAAGUCUCAGGGGAAGAUAUCAUUCCUGCAAGAUAUCGAAUUGGUGAGUCUUGGAUUGAUUUGCGAGAUAAAAAGGUCUAUUUAACUGGAGCUGUUGUAGAGCAUCAAGAUAUCGCUUGAGAAGUCAUUUGGAAUUUCCCUGGGGCUCAGAGCUAUCCACAAAUCAAUAUCAGAAACUUUGAAGGGAAGACUGAUGUGGUGCAUUCAAUUGAGCUAAAAGAUUAUGAAAAAAGAGAUAAUCAAAAUGCGGUUAUUGCAAAGAAACAGUACCAAGCUUGGCUAGAUAAUAAUUUGAAUUUGGAAAUCCCUGAUGAGGUCAUUGAAAAUUAUUAUCUAAUUUCUCCUUUCUGUGAGUGAGCAAACAAUAGAAAAAUCUUGAUUUUUAGGCAAUUAACAAAUUUUUAAUUUAAUUUCUUUUUAUCAAAUAUUUGAAUAUGAGUAACAGCUAUUAUAAUGAAAUUUCAAGUAAGCCUUAUUUUAUUUUAAACAAAACAUAAAUUUAUAAAUUAAUCUGUAUUUUUAUUUUAAAUUUUAGAAAAUAACUAUGAUAUAAAAUUUAUAUUUAUAUAUUUAACGCUUUAAUGAGCAGAAAAAAUUGCUCCCUUAAGGAGGGAGGAUUAUCUCUUCCAUAUCUUGAUUGAACUAUUAUUCACUUGAAAUCUCCUAAAAUUGGUAAAAAAUAAUCCCGAUAUGAAAUUUUGAGAUAAUAUUAUUCUUCAGAAAUAUUUUUAACCCCAUUCUUGAUUGAGCAAUGACGAUCGGUUCGAUAAAUAUGGGUGAGUAAGAUUUAUUUCACUGAAACAAUACAAAAACAAAGUCCUUUUGCUAAGAAAGCAUAACGUAACUGGAAAACUUUUUGUGUAUAAAGACAAGCAAUUUAGAUGGAUCCCUUAUGAUAAAUCUCCUAUCACAUGCCGCUUAACUGAGCCUCCAGUCCCUGCCUCUUUGCUAUCAAAAUUUUCUCCAGGCUCAAAUCUUCGGAAGCAAUACAAAGAAUUUUUUUUGCAAAAUUCCCUUUCAUUUCCCACCCCAAAGCCCGAUGAUAAAACCUUCCGAAAAGAAAAUCGAUGCAAAACCUGUGGGUAUAUUUUGGACCAAUUAGAUUAUCGUCAAUGUACAAGCUGUGGGGUUUGCUAUCAUGCUCAGUGUUUAGAAGACGCUUUAUCAAAGCCUGGAGUACGUGGAACAUGGCGAUGCCCAGACUGUCCUAGAUGCGAGAAUUGUCUAGGGACUGUUGGGAAGCUUGUAAGAUGUUCUGACUGCAACAGCGCUUUUCAUGAGAGAUGUCUCGACCCUGUUGUGUCUCCAUUGCCUGGCAAAGCAUGAAAAUGUGAGCUAUGUGCUGUUUGUCAGCAUUGUGGGAUUAAAGCUAUUGAAGGAAAUGUGAAAUGAAAUGAAUACGUAACUAAAUGGGUUCUGUGCCAUUUGAUCGGAACAUUUUUGUAGUGUGACAUUUCCUCUGUAUUUUUGGUUGAAUUUUUUCCAUAGUGAUAAAUUUGAUAAAAUUGUAGCACACAUAAAAUGACGUGGAGAAUCAACCUACCCUCUUAGCACAUGUAGCCAGACGGGAGUUUGGGGGCCUUGUGGAAGGGAGAGCAGCGUGCAUUAGGUGUGUCCAGCUGGGUUUUACUAGGUCUGUGGAGCUCCAUAUCGGGCUGACCGACCUCAGGUUCACAUAUGGGGCAAAGUUUUACCCCAAAGGAGGAUGGAACUUGGAAGUUGGAAAGGUAUAACCCAGCAAGGCCAGAGGGCGCUCGCUUUGCCAAUCGGGCAUUUUCCCCAGCGCGAUAUCGGGGAGUUGUACCCUGGCUAAAAGUUUCAUCUUAGUCGAUAGCCUGACCAGAAAAUUCACGCUUUGAAUUUUCGGGGUGACCCAGCGUCUUUGCUUCCAGGUUAAGCGUGCACGCCCUCGUCUAGAGGGAGUAAUACAACCUUAGUCUGCGUAAUCCGGCAGACAAACAUGAGGGUGGCGCAAACGAGAGACACAAAAAGUCUAUAAUAACUUAAUGAAUAAUAACAUUUUGCCGGCUUUGCCGAGGAAUAUUAUACGAGGAAAAAUUUACAACCAAAAGUCCCUUAAUAGUAAAAAUUCCUAUCAAAUUACUGUCAACGAACAAAAUGCACUUCUUGCGAUUUGAAGUGAAGGAGAGGGGAAUAUUGCUCUAUCUGUGAAAAAUUCUGGUUUUCAAAAAAAGGUAGACAUAGCAGGACUGAACAAAGAUUAAGUACAAACGACUACCCAGACAUGAUUGAGUGCGAAAAAUGUCAAAAAUGGGUACAUUUACUAUGUGAUUCUUCAAUGACUAUAGAUUUAUGGAUGCUCUUUUCAUCAAAUGAUAAUAUGAAGUAUUAUUGCCCAAGGUGCAAAGAAGCCAAUUUAAAUGAAGAAAUGAAUCAAGUUAUUAAUGAUCUUAUGAAUUUAGAAAAAAACAAUUUUUUCGUUAAAAAGGUUGAUGAUCCUUUUUACUUAAAAGUAAUUAAAAAUCAAAUGUGCUUUGAAAUCAUGAUAGAAAACUGCCAAAAAGGGCUGUAUUCAAAUAACAUCGAGCUGUUAAGAGAUCAUUUCAAGCAGAUAUGUGAAAAUGCUAUGUGCUUUUAUAAAGCAAAUACAAUUGGCUAUCAAACUGCUGAGCAGCUUUUGCAAGAGGGAUUAGCACUGCUGGACUCGAAAAUGCCUCAAAAAAGAAAACACUCAGACUCAUCUAGAGCUCCAACUAAAAAAUCCAAAACUGAGCCUCCUGCAGAUGUCUCUCUUAACCUUCCUCUCCCUACCUCUCUUGACCCUCCAGUGAAAUAUGACUUUUCUGCAAUCGCCACUCAAGAUUUGCCCUCACUUUCCUAUAAAUCCCCUCCAAAUGACAUAUUAAACAUAAUAAUCAACAAAAAAGACAUUUUACCUUAUUUAGCAGCAGCUCCUCAGCUAUCCUUUUAUCCAACUCCAAAAGCUGUAAUUUACAUUGACCCUUUGCUCUGUUUCGAAGAAUUAUGCUAUUUAUGUGGAAGCUUUAUAAGAAAUGAGAAUAUAUGGGCUUGCCAUACAUGUGGCCGAGCAUUCCAUAACUUUUGCUUAGAUACCAGCUCAAGCCAAUCUCCAAGCGAUUGGAAAUGCAAAGACUGUCGUGUUUGUGAAAUUUGCCAUAAUACACAAGAUGCUUUGCAUAUGAUUUAUUGUAAGACUUGUGAGAGAGCAUAUGAUGUUUCAUGCUUAUGGCCAAGCGUUAAAGGCCCAUUGCAGCUACAAGGUUGGAUUUGUGAUAAAUGCUUCAAUUGUAGACGAUGUGGGGCAGAUUCGUAUCAUGAGCCUGGGUUUAUCCCCACCCAAGAGCAUUUUUAUAAAGACCUUGAUAUUUGCUAUAAAUGCGCAUGGGUGAUUGCAAACAAGGAAUACUGCCCAGAGUGUGAGAGGGAUUGGUCUUCUCCAUAUGAAGAAAAGAAAAUUACCUCAGAGCGGUAUUACUGCAAGCCAUGUGAGUUUUAUUUUCACCAAAGCUGUGCUAAGGACUGAAAAGGGGUCUGCCAAAAAUGCUAUUAUAAUAAUAUGGAUUAUACGCAAGCUGAACAGCAGACUUUAGAAAAAGUCCAAGUACUGAUGAGCUUAAUUAGCCAGACAAAUAUAUAUAAAUCUAUAGCAAAAGACUGCAUUGAAAAUAGGUUCCAUUUAGAGACUAAUUUUGCAAAAUUGCUUGCUAAUGCCUUUUUGAUUGACAAUGCUGACUUUAUGGCAAAUUCAAAAGAAAUGAAAGAAUUGUUUAUGGGAAGAGGCGUUGAUAUAGUGAAAACUAAAUGUCAUAGAGAAUCAAGCUAUAGGCUAACAACUGUCCCUUCAAUUGAUGGGCUUCGGAUAAGUGACAUUCCUAAUAUUCAAAUAAUAAUAAAAUGAGAUUUAUUUUAUUAGCUCAUUUAUAUAUUAGUCUAAAAAUUUUUACCUUAAAAAUUUUAUAUGCAGUAGGGAUAUGAAAUAGAGUAUUGAAUAAAUUUAUAAACGUGGGAUGUAAGGGGAGUCGGAUUAUGCUUGACCAAACUUUUAUACACAAUGCCAAAUAUGGCUUAUCACAUAAGCUAAGUCACUUGACCCAGGAGUUUCAGACAUAGGAGUAACCGUUUGGCACACCUGGGGAGGGGCGACCAUUAGGUGAACAAGCGCUGGAGUAAAGUAUAGAGCGAUGCCAACGCAACCAGUGAAGACUUUCUGACCCUUUUGGUGGGAUCUUCUGGAAUGCUUAAGAGGCAAGAUGGCUGCUGAAGUCAUCGACUGGGCAUUAAAAAUUAAGCUUUGAUACUAUUCCCUAACGAAGAGAGUAUCACUUUAAAAAUCUAAAUAAAUAAUGUAAUGUAAUAGCAUUCCUAAUAUUCAGGUGCCUAUUGUUAAAAUACAUAGACCAAGGGAUUCAUUACCAAUUUGGAGCUUAGAGUGGGACACUUCUAAUCUGAUGGGAUCAAUAGACCAAAUUUAUUCCCCUCUGAUGAGCAUCGAAAUUGUUGAAAUUUUACUUGCGCCAAUGCCAAGCAUUGGAUCAAUUUUUGUAUACUUCCCUAUUUAUAUUUGGAAUUUCGAUGAAAUCACCCAUUUCAUGCCACUUCCAAGAGACCCAGACCAAUACCUCUAUGAGCGCUGCGAAUGGACUAUUUUAGCUACCAGCAAUACAAUUGACCUUCCUUUGAACCAGCAGAAUUCAUCACAUAAUGAUCAUGACUCCUUAAAGCCUCACGAAAUCACUCAAGAGGUCUUAUCAAGUGAGCUCGACUCUGAAGAGCUUGCCCACCUCUAUAUAAAUCAAGAACUCCCUGCAGCAAUAGCAUUUGCCAAAAGAUUUGAAGAAUGGAUAAGGGAAAAUCUAAUAAAAAUCACUUUGCACUUAAACAUAACAAAAUUAAAUAGACAAAAUUCGCUAUAUUAUAAAUUAUUACAGAACAAUUCAUCAUAUUUAAUUUCAGAAAGCAUAAUUAACAGCAAUAAUUCAACUUCUGACGAAAGUGAAAAUUUCAGAUCAGAAAAAAUGUUCCAUGAAGAAUUGCUGCAUAGAGAAGUUUUUUAUGGAAUCAGAAGUGACGACCAAGUAGAAGGAGACAGAACUUUCUCAUUAAAUUGUGUACUUUGUAAGCAAAAUGGAGAAAGAAAGAUGUCAGGAAGACUGCUGCCAACUGAUGAAGGAGUAUGGGUGCAUGCUAAUUGUGCAUAUUGGAGCACAGAGGUUAAAACUGAAGAAGCAGGAGGGAUCAUGAAUUUAAAUGCAGCAUUAAUCAAAGCAAAAAAGACAAAAUGUAAAGAAUGCGGGCUUAAUGGGGCAAGUUUGUGCUGUAUCUCGAAAAAGUGCCAUAAUUCUUAUCAUUUUCCUUGCGCUUUGUUAGGAAGAGUCCAGUUAUUAGAAAACAAAGGAGUUUUAUGCAUUUCCUGCCCUAUGCCUAGAGAAGUAUCUUCAAAGCCGAUUUCUAUUGAAUCAUUGAUGAAUUCUACACAUAAAAAAAUGUAUGUAACAAGAGGGAAAAAAUUCAAUAAAAAGCCUUAUUUUAUUCGAAAAGUUUUUAAUAGAAUUGGUUCACUCAUUAUCACUGAAAUUCCUGAAGAAAAUGAACAGAUACUUGUUUCUUAUAGGAGAUUUUGAAUCGAUGGAUGCAGGCAGCUCUUAAAAUGUGAAUAUGUUGAUGAAGUUUAUAGAGUCUCUGUUGUGAUUGAUAAUGAAUUUAACAGCAAAGAAAUAAUGUGCUCAGUAAAUAUUGAAGAUUUAUGGCCAAAACUUAAAGUUGGGGAAAGCUUUUUAAUGAAAAAUGCGUCAGACUUUUUUGGCUACUCGGCAAUUUCUCAUUUUUUGCCACCAUUGCCUGAAACAAGUCAUUAUAAAACAAUUAAAGAAACAAAGCCAAGGUCUUUAACUGACAUAAUAAGCCAUCUCAAGCCAUCUCCUUAUGGAUCAAGCUCACUGGCACCUUUCGAAAAGCAUAAAAAGCCUCCCCCAGAAAUGCCAAAAUCAAGCAUUAACCAUAAGUCUGUAAACUACGAAGAAUCAAAUUUAAGCGAAGCUAAAAGAGAGACCUCAUUAGUCCCUGAAUACAGGAAAUAUAGGAAAAAUCCUAAUAGAGAUAAAUCUGUAGAAGUUUUACAAUGCUUAAGAUUAAUUAAUAUUUGAGGUGUAUGGUACCAUUCCCUAGCAAAAGAGACUAAGCUUAAAACGAGUGAAGUUGUGGGCACUCUUCACUCAAAAUGAAAACCAUUCGGGUAGACCUUCCUAAGCAAUGAACCGCCAGCUGGCUGCACUUCUCACCAGCGCGUUCCUUACUAAGCUCCUGCGCAUAUUAAUUAUAAGGGUCACUUUCCUGGGAUGUGCAAAGUAGUAAAAUCUAGACCCUUUGAUUGCACUGAGGAGCAGAUCAUCCUGCCUUAUCUGACCAGAGUUAAACCGCUGCUACUGUUCAGAAAUUCCCAAGAGAAAGCCAAACCCCAUAAAUAAUUUCUAUGAAGAAGACAUUGCUAAUUUUUCUCGAACUGAACGCCAUUUUGUUUAUCCUGUAGAAGUUUUACAGUCCAAUAUUCAUGGGUUAGGACUUUUUACAAAUGCUGAUAUCAAUCCAGGACAAAUCGUUAUUGAAUAUAUUGGAGAAGUCGUUAGGAAUAGAAUUGCUGAUUUAAGAGAAAAAGAAUAUGAAGAAAAAGGAAUCGGUGAAGGAAGCUGCUAUUUAUUUAGACUAGAUGAAGACUAUGUUUUAGAUGCCACAGUCAAAGGAGGCAAAGCAAGAUUCAUCAACCAUUCUUGCCAACCCAAUUGUGAAGCCACAACGUGUGAAAUCGAAGGAGAAAAGCACAUUCUUUUAUUUGCAAAAAGACUGAUACAUAAAGGAGAAGAAAUUACUUAUGAUUAUAAUUUUGAUGUUGAGUCUGAAAAAAUCUAUUGCCACUGUGGAGCAAAGGAUUGCCAAGGAAAACUUAACUAA